AUGGGUUUCCCAGCAAAGAGCAGCAAUGAAGGCUGGGGCACGGGUUUCCUUCUCGUUUUCUUCCCUGAAGACGACGCGGUAAUCAAUAAGAAGAAAAACACCACCACCACCAUUAAUACUCUGCUCAGACGCUCCAAUUCAAACCACCUUCUCAGCAAAGCCCAAUCCACAAUUUCCAUCUGUGCCCUCCUCAUCUUCAUCACCCUCCUCCUCUUCACUCUCUCCACCUUCGAACCCACCACCACCACCAAUCACUUCGCGUCUCGCAAACACCUUUCAUCGUCAAACCCUCCAAUUUUGUACAAAACCACUCAAAAAUUCACACACUCGUCACCUCCUCCAUGGCCAAUUAGCUUAAUUACCAAUCACAAUUCGCGUUACACACCCAAAAUUACUUCUUUACCAUCACUAACUUCACAUGCUCUGCAAGGAAUGGGUACUCUGUAUAGAAGAGGCACAAGAGCCAUGAACGACCUUAUUGUGGCUCAUGUUGUUGAGUCGGUCACAGCACACGAACUUCGCUUGUUCUUAAGAUUCUUGCAUCGCUCUGGUCUCACCUCAAGAUCGGACAUUGUCUUUAUUUUUUCUUCAACCUCGCAUUUGUCUGAGUUUGAUGGUGUGAUUCGCGGAGAGAACGAGUCAUUCACGAAACUAAUUCGUCGGUAUCAACAAAUGAACGGUACUUAUGUGAACUCGAAGGCGAGUUUUGACGUCACCCAGUUCGUGAAAUUGGCUAAAAAGGAGAAAGAGAAGGGAGAGCCAAUAUGGGGUCGAAGAAUUCGAAGCAAUUACAGCAGCGGAGAAGGAGAAGGUGAAGGUGAGUUGACUCGGUUGAGUUAUGGCUCGGUGGUGGGGUUUGAGGUCGACGAGCUCGACCCCGAGGACUCACUUGCCGGGUUUCUAGACCAUGUUCCAAUGAGCUUGAGAAGAUGGGCUUGUUAUCCGAUGCUACUGGGCCGAGUUAGACGAAAUUUCAAGCAUACAAUGCUAGUGGACGUGAAAGAAAUAUUGCUACUCGGUGACCCGUUUGGCCGAGUCAGGAAUCGGAGUCCCGAGUCGGUUUAUUUAUCAACAGUUUCAGAGAGUAUUCCUACUACACCCAAUAAUAAGCAUGGAAGGAAGAAAUCGGUGAAGACUCAGUCCCACAAUCAAAACCUGGUUAACCCAGUGAUUAUAGUUGGUGGAGCUCGGGGGGUUCGGCGAUUAUCGAAUGUGAUGUUAACGGAGAUCGCUCGGGCCGCAAUGCAACAGAAGCGGAAGAACUCAAUGUCCGAGUCAGGACUGUUCCAACAACUCGUUGGCAAUGGGUUUAUACUGAAGAAUGUAAAUUUGAUUUCGUCAACCGAGUCAAUCCCGGAUGCGAGUUCACUCACUGGGUUCUCAGGUUCUCUCUUGUCUUUAUCAAAUCAUACAGUGGUUAGGCGUUGUAAUAGUAAUAUAGAUCUUACUUCUGUUAUUAUGAAGCAUUUGUGUUCACUAGAACUAUAUUCCUCAGUUUAUUGUGAUUGCUAG